AUGCAUUCAACGGUUCAUUCUAACAGGAAAAUUGAAGGGAUGGAAUCAAGAAAGACACAUUCAUGGUGGCAGGGCAAUCACAUCACUCCCAAGACUUCUAAAUGGCUUUCGGAAAAUGUUAAAGAAAUGGAACGCAAUGUGAGGCAAAUGCUGAAGCUGAUUGAAGAAGAUGGAGAUUCCUUUGCACAAAAGGCUGAGAUGUAUUAUAAGAAGAGGCCAGAGUUGAUUUCUCUGGUUGAAGAGUUUUACCGAGGUUAUAGAUCUUUAGCUGAACGUUAUGAUCAUGUUCAAUGUGAAUUGAUGAAGAACACACCUUGUGAUGUUCAAUCACAAGCUUCUGAUUAUGGUUCUGAGCCACCCUCUACUAUGCCUUCUCCUUCUCCUAGAAAGUUGGGGCGGCGAAUAUCGGCGAAUCGUGCAGCGGGCUUUGAAUUCUUUCUUGGAUCUGGUGUGAAUGCUUAUGAUUCAUUAACUUUGACAGAUUCUGAUGAUGAAUAUGAUGAUACUUCAUCUAUUAAUAGUUUUUCAGGUUUCUAUGGAAAUGGGAAUGAUCAAAAUAGUAUGAAUAGAAGGGUGUUGGAAUUGGAGAUUGAGUUACGUGAGCUGAAAGAAAAGCUUAGCAAUAUGCAGGAGGAGGAACGUGUUGUGGUGGAGGGUUCAAGAGGAACAAGUGUUGAGAAUAAUGGUCAAGAUUUUCGAGCCAAGGUUGAUGCAUAUGAACAAGAACUGAGGAAUGUGAAUGAAAAGUUGAGACUUUCAGAAGGGGAGAUUAGUAAGCUGAGGAUUGAGCUAGAAAGAUAUAGGUCAAUGGAAGCAGAUUUGAAGGGUGGUGUAGAAGUAUCUUCAAAUAAGGAUUUGAAGACACUUGGGAAGGAGCUAAGGGUGACCAAAGGAAAACUUGAAAAAUCAUGUGAAAGUGUUCAGCAAUUGCAGGAUCAGGUUGACAUGGCUCAUACGGACAUUGCUAAUUGGAAAUCAAAGUUCAACUCUGAGAAAAGAGAGAGGAGUAGAGUCCAAGAAAGGCUUGCAAGGUUGAGAACUAGUCUUGCAGAUAGAGAUCAUGAGGUAAGGGAUUUAAGGGCUGCACUAUCUGAUGCAGAACAAAAGAUCUUCUUUGAGAGAGCACAUAUGAAGGCUGAGAUGUCUAAGUUGGUUGGGGAACAGACUCAAUUGGAAGAGAAGAUCGAAGAAUGGGAAUGUCAAUGUCAUUCUUUAGAAGAGGAUAUUAGAAAAAAUGACUCUAAAGAAGUAGGGAUGGGAGAGACACUAAAGGGUGAAAUUGAACUUUUAAAGGCAUGCAUUGAGGACAGAAAGAAAAUUAUACAAGACCUCAAUGUAAGCAUUGAUGGUUUGCAGUUAGAGAGAGAUAAUCUCAAUGCACAAAUUGGUUCACUUAAGGAAGUGAUAAAUUCUAGAGAUAAUGAGAUUGAAGAGGCAUAUAAACAAGUAGCGGAACUAGAAUCAAGAACUAAGGAACUAGAUGAAGAGACUGAGAGGCAAAGGGUUAUGAUCUUAGAAGGAGCUGAAGAGAAACGUGAGGCCAUAAGGCAGCUAUGCUUCUCACUUGAGCAUUACCGAAAUGGGUACAAAAUGCUUAGACAAUUUGGAAGCUCUGUUGGACCUCCUCUUAUUGAGCUGAAGGCCCACAAACAGAAAAGAUUGAAGAUAUAUCCCCCCAUUUUGUGGUGA